GCUUAGCAGUAUGGCACAGCCUGCUCUUCUACAGUCCCGCCAUGCCGCUAGUCAGUUGACUACAGCCGUCAUGAUCGCCACCGCCGCGCUACUACUGGCCGUGGCUGCCGUCGUCGCUGGAGCCCCGGAACAUGCACAACUCGACCAGUUCAAGUACAUGACGGCUGUUGAUGACUCAAACAUACAUUCCACUACUACAGAAAAUGAUGUUGCCUACUGGAGAGCGCAGGCUCAGGACAAAUUGUUCGCCAAGAUGCAGCAGCGACCAAUCACGUCAAAGGCGAAGAACUUGAUACUGUUCCUCGGCGAUGGAAUGUCCAUCACAACCGUAACAUCUGCCAGAAUAUACCACGGCCAACUCGACAACCAAUCUGGGGAAGGAUCUAGUCUCAGUUUUGAGGAGCUUCCGUGGACUGGUCUGUCAAGAACGUACUGUGUGAACAAGCAGGUGGCAGACUCGGCAUGUUCGUCUACUGCCUACCUGGGCGGAGUCAAAGCGAACUACGGUACUCUCGGGGUGACGGCGGCGGUGACUCGAGGAAACUGCUCUCUAUCCAAUGAUCCUAGUAACCACGUGGACACCAUACUGAGUUGGGCGCAGGAGGCAGGCAAGGCGACUGGCCUAGUCACAACUACCCGUAUCACCCAUGCUUCGCCAGCAGGCCACUACGCCCAUAUCGCAGACCGUGAUUGGGAGAGCGACUACGAUAUGUUGACUGAGAAACACAAAGCCGAUCCUUCAAUGUGUCAAGACAUAGCUUACCAGCUGGUCCACAACUUGCCUGGCAAAAACUGCAAGGUUCUACUUGGAGGCGGACGUUCCAGAUUUCUUCCAAACAAUACAAACACACCUUUGGGCGAAGGCGAGCGAAAAGACGGUAGAAAUCUGGUGGAGGAUUGGAAAGAAGAGAAGAAAUACAGAGGAAAAGCAGCGUAUGUAACUGACAGAAACCAGCUGCUCGGUGUGGACAUAAAACACACAGACUAUCUCCUAGGUCUGUUCCAAAAGGAGCACUUGCUGUACCAUCUUGAGGAAAAUAGCGAGCUUCAGCCGAGCCUUGAGGAGAUGACGGAAACAGCGAUAAAAAUGCUGCAGAAGGAGAAGAAAGGAUUCUACUUGUUCGUUGAGGGAGGCAGAAUAGACUUUGCUCACCAUGACAACAUGGCGAGGCGAGCACUUGACGAGACAAACGAGCUACACAAGGCGGUCAAAAAAGCCCUGGAGAUGACAAGUGAGGAGGACACUCUGGUGGUAGUGACAGCAGAUCACUCACACACAAUGAUGAUGGCUGGAUAUGCCAAACGAGGCUCAAACAUCCUCGGACUCAGCCAAAAGUCGGACAAAGAUGGGCUGAACUACACAACUCUCAGCUACGCAAACGGUCCUUCGGCAGAGAGGAACAGAACUGGACCUCGGAGAGAUGUUACAAAUGAUGAUUUUGACAACCCCAGGUACCAGUAUCCCUCGCUGGUGCCACUCAAGUCAGAGACACACGGAGGAGAUGACGUCGCCGUAUUCGCCCGUGGCCCGUGGGCCCAUCUUCUGGUUGGCAGCUACGAGCAAAACGUCAUUCCCCACGUAAUGGCCUACGCCGCCCGGAUAGGCCCUAUGGCAUCAGCCCCCUCCCCUUCAGCUGCGCCUUGUAUGACGUCACUAGGGGGCUUUGCCCUCAUGGCUGUCUGUUUACUCAGGCUGCUGCAGUAACAGUAUUAGUUUGUUAGUCUAGUCAUUUUUACAUUCAUACCGACGAUCUGCAAUUUAAAAAGUAUAUGAACGACCUGAAAUUGAAUAGUAUAUUUUUAUUGAACGUAAAAGAUAAAAUUUAACUAUUUAAUUUCAAUAUGUAAAGCUUAGUAUGAAAGAGAAAUCCCAUCGAGAUAUUUUUGUAUUCGAGUGGAAAAAUCUUUUGUAGUCU